AUGAGCGAAGGAAGUAACGAAGGCGCGGAAUCGCCUCCGACAAACACCGGGGUACUGUCUGCGACGGCCAGUGUGGCGACAUCCGCCGAUGCACUUAGCUCCGAAACGAGCGCUACAGAACCGCCAACGUUACCGCCACGAGAGCAUUUGAUCGUUACUGCCGUUAAGUUCCUCAACAACCCGAACGUAGUUCGCAGUGCCAUAACCAAGAAACAGGCAUUCCUUCGCUCUAAAGGACUGUCGGAAGAUGAGAUACAAAUUGCCUGUGAGCGAGCUGGUGUCUUCACGACAAACCCUUCCGCCAUACCAACUCAAACCGUCAUCAGCAUGGGAGUGGAAUCAAGUGGUGGUGGUAACUAUGCGAAACCCGGUUACCAGCUCCAGCCACGGCCGAACUUUCUCACCCGUAUGAAGGAUAUGCUCAGCUCGGUGGCUCUACUGAGCGGACUGAUGUACGGCGUUUACAUGUUUUAUAAGAAAUUCAUUGAACCGCUAUUGUUCCGCAGUAAAAAGAAGAAAAGUGUCGGCGAACAGUUGACAGAGCUUAAUCAAACGAUGACGGUAAAGAUUGAUAUUCUGAGCGCCGAGUUGGGUAAAAUCAAAGAAGAACUGAAUCAUGUAAACCAAACCAACACAACCGUGAAAGAGUUGGCCAACUUUAAAGGCGAUCUUGACUCAAUCAAAGGUCUAUUGUUGAACAGAAAACAAUUUGCCUCACCAAACCUUCCCGUCGUUCCACCAUCGAUCCCAGCAUGGCAGUUACGCUCUCAGCAGCAUCAACCGGCUAGCAGCGAAGGCGAACACGACAAACACGAUGACAACGACACCGGGUCAGGAUCCGGAUCAAGCGAAAACGAUGUCGUGCUGAAGAAUAGCGACAGCAGCUUGGAGAUUAUGUAA